AUGACUUUGGUGGCAAGACCCAUUCCUCCUUCACCUCCCCAGUCCCAAGACGGACAUCCCUUGUCUGGAGAGGAGUUCGAAGGCCCUAGCGUGUACCCACAUCUGUACAACACCAUGAAGAUCACCGGCGAGGAAAUGAAUGGCCAGCCCCAAGCAAUGCACUACGGUUCUCCUUCAUUCUAUACCCCCUCCAGUUUUCCUCACAACAUGCCUCCUCAAUCGAUUAUGAUGUCCAGUGCUCAAGUCACCACGCCUCCUCCGGUAUCUGAUGAAUGUCUCAUCCCAAUGGGGUCACCUACCAUGAGGAGCCCCUCGCCACCUUGGUCUUCACGAACCACUCGCGGCAAAGCAACAAUCAAGGCAACCAAACAGCGACGCAACCGUAACCGGAGAGAACUCUCCGAUUCAGGUAUCAAGCUCGAUGGACCAAUCAGUCAACUCACUGAAUCUUUUCACAAUACUCCAAUCAAAGACAUGGACGCUUGGGUGUCUCGAUCUGCUCAGGAGCGACAGGAGGAAGUUCGCAAGAAGAAUGGAAAGAUCUCCCGGCCCAUGAAUUCCUUCAUGCUUUACCGAUCUGCAUAUGCAGAGCGCACCAAAAGACUAGUGGGUGCAAACAACCAUCAAAUUGUCUCAAAGGUCGCAGGUCAAGGCUGGAAGCAAGAGCCCAUUGAAAUUCGCCGAAAAUACGAAGACCUGGCGAAGUUAGAACGUGAUAACCAUGCCGCAACACAUCCAGACUACAAGUUCUCGCCCAACAAAACCCCAAAUGCCACUAGCCGACGCGAUAGCGGCUCUCCUUCAGUCACACCAGGACGUAUGGGCGAUGAUGGGAGUUUCUCUGACAUGGAAAGUGACAUUGGAUCGACUAUCGGACCAUCCUCCUACAUCCACUCUCGGUCACAAAGCUUCGAAGAGGCCUACUAUGAUAGUAGCCGGGAUUCCUCGCCAUUUGGGCCCGACUCCAUGAUGACACCCGGAUAUAUUCACCCCUCCUGGCAAAACACAAGCCACCCAAAUGGCCUUCCAAAUAGCCACCCAAUGCUGGAAUCCUACGCUGGAGAUGUGAACUAUCGUUCCACCAGCCCAACCCAGCAGGAUAUUGGAUAUGGAUCUUCCCUUGCUGGGCUCCCUGGUGCUGCACACCACGAGUUGCUCCAGCCUCAGCUUACCCACUCGUCGCAUGGUCUCCCCAUGCACGACAUGGAUCCUCGACUUCUUAGCAACGGCGGCGAGUCUGGGGUUGCCACCAUGACCGGCCCUUCCUAUACCGCCACUCCUGGUUCUUAUUCUAACUGGGCCGAUGAGACUCAACCCGGAUUUUACGUAACCUCAUCGGCGCCGUCCAUGUCUCCCAAUACCAUUUCAUACGCCCAUCCUAGCAUGACCUCUGCCUACCUCCCCAGCAUGCAGAGCCUCGAGUGCCGGGAUCCAUCAUGGGACAUGCCUCGUCAUGAAAACAUGACUGACCCAACCGGCGCUGAGUUCGAGUUGUGGUGCUCUGCAGAGCCCAACGCGAACAACUACUGA